UCUUCACGCACGCAGUACUUUGCCAGAGCACAUCGCGAGCUGUUGGUCGUUUUCUUCGUGUGUGCCUCUUUUUGGCUGCGAGAAAUCUUACUCUUUUUUUUAUUGUUCCCCGAGUGUGGAAAAGUGUAUUGAGGAAAAUCAUUGGUCAUCGAAAAGUAAUUUUUGAAAAUCCGGAAUUCGUGUUUUGUUGUACGGUUUUUCGUUUUGCUGCGCCGUUUCCGGGAAAAGUGAUACGCUGGGGAACAAAGCGGGCAAAAGCAACCGAGCGAAAAACGGGUCGAAAGUGGAAGAAAUAAUUUUCUCUUGAAGUCAGUUUUUUUUUUUUGAAUUUUGUGGGUUGCUUUUUGAUUUCGAGUGGCUGGCCUUCGGUUGUGGGCCGCUGGAAGAUUUUCCUUUAUUUCCCGAGACCCGCAGUGUGGUGUGUUUGUUUGCCAGGGGAAUAAUAUUUCCCAAGGGGAAAAGUGUAGCUGGCCACGUCGUCCGAGUUGGAUCCUCGGUGAUUUCGACCAUCUCAGGGCAGGAGUGUCGUCCGCGUCGUCGUCGCCGUUGGCAUCCGGGGACGAUCAGGCGCAGGCCGUGGUGCUAUUAGGCAGGCCGUGUGUGCGAAGUGUGCGCGGGUUGUUGUAGGUUGUUGGUGUAAUAGUGUGCGUAUCGAAAAUCGGGCCCUCCAACGGAAGCGACCAAAGCCACCGCCACCGCCCCAACCAUGAACGAGUUCAUCGUAGCCGGUAAGUACCGGAUCAUACGAAAGAUCGGAUCCGGUUCUUUCGGCGAUAUCUACCUUGGUAUCAACAUUACCAAUGGCGAGGAGGUUGCCCUCAAGAUGGAAAGCCUCACGGCACGGCAUCCACAGCUAAUGUACGAAUACAAACUGUACAAGGUACUGAUCGGUGGCGUCGGAAUUCCGCACAUUCGGUACUUCGGUCAAGAGCGAAAUUACAACGUGCUGGUGAUGGACCUGCUCGGACCCUCCCUGGAAGACCUGUUCAAUUUCUGCAGUCGUCACUUCACUAUCAAAACGGUGCUCAUGCUGGUCGAUCAGAUGAUCGGUCGCCUCGAGUACCUGCACAUGAAGAACUUCAUCCAUAGGGACAUCAAACCAGACAAUUUCCUCAUGGGCAUCGGCCGGCACUGCAACAAACUAUUCAUGAUCGAUUUUGGUCUAGCGAAAAAGUACCGCGACUUCCGCUCCCGGAUCCACAUCAUGUACCGGGAGGACAAGAACCUGACCGGCACGGCCCGGUACGCCUCGAUCAAUGCCCACCUCGGAAUCGAACAAAGUCGCCGGGACGACAUGGAAUCGCUGGGGUACGUGAUGAUGUACUUCAACCGGGGCUCGCUACCCUGGCAGGGCCUGAAGGCCACCAACAAGAAGCAGAAGUAUGAAAAGAUCUCCGAGAAGAAGAUGUCCACCCCGAUCGAGGUGCUGUGUAAGGGCUUCCCGGCCGAGUUCGCGAUGUAUCUCAACUACUGUCGCAGUUUGCGAUUCGACGAGGGCCCAGACUACAUGUAUCUGAGACAACUGUUUAGAAUCCUUUUCCGUACACUAAAUCACCAAUACGACUACACCUUCGACUGGACGAUGCUGAAACAGCGAGGGAUCCUGAAGGGCGGUACGAGCACGCUGCUCCACACGGCCCCCGGCGAGCCGAUCCGCGAGGAACGGCGCGAUAAGGAUAAGCAACCCACAGAAACUGAGAAAUAGAACUUUUAAAAUUCAUUUUUUUAUGUAUAAAAUAUAUAAUUACUAUUACUAAUUGAGAGUAAAACAGAAGAGAAGCAAAACAAAACAGAGAAGAAGUGAAAAAAAAAACACAAAAAAACAAAAA